AUGGAGUUAGAUAAACCAUUUCCGAAGCUUAUUGCGCUUGAUGAUAAGCAAGGCAAUAUCUUCUUCGUAAAUGUGGAGUACUCUUGGAUCCCUAGUGCUUGUGGAAGAUGCAGAGCACUUGACCAUAAGGAGAAUAUAUGUCUUCUUCCUCCUAAGCCACUAGAAGUUCGUACUGCAAAAGAAGCUCCAGUUGCCAAUGAAGAGAUCCCAAUUGUGGACAUAGCUAAAGUGUUGCAUAACACUCCAAAUGCACAUAUUGACCAUCUCGAACCAGGAUCGCAAUCUCCCUCCUCCCACCCAUUACACGAGGCUCAAGCUGAGUCUCAUGACACUCCACCACCCGAGGUUCUUGCUAGUUCACUCACACAUUCGCAUGAGUCACAGAUUAUGGAAGAUGUUCCAUCACAAAUUUUCACUUUGGAAGGCUCUGGCACUUCUAAAAGGGAGCAACAUAUUGGUGCCUACACUCUUUUCGCUCACAACCAUCAACAAUUUCAUAUUGAGCCGGAGAUUCCGGUUUGUUUUGAGAGAGAUGGUAAUGAUGUGGUUGGAGAGACUUCUAGUUACUUAACUAGAGGAGGAAGAUCAGUAAAACCAACUCAAAAGAUUCAAGAUAUGGGAUGGACGAAGGUCGGUGGAAGAGGUAAAGGUCGCCGUGGCCGUGGCCGAGGAAACCAAAACCACUGA